AUGCGCUACGCGGUCUUAGUAUGUGGUCCAGCAGGAUCGGGAAAGUCGACUUUUUCAUCUACUCUAAUCACCCAUGCUCAAACGAUCGGACGGCCAAUUCAUCUCUUUAACUUGGACCCAGCUGCUGAGGAAUUUGAAUAUGAACCCUCAAUCGAUAUUAGGGAUUUGAUCUCACUUGAAGAUGUGAUGGAAGAACUGGAAUUAGGUCCCAACGGGGGCCUCGUUUAUUGUUUUGAAUACUUGCUUAAAAAUUUGGACUGGCUACAAGAAAACCUAAACUCAUAUGACGACGACUUCUUGAUUAUCGAUUGUCCUGGUCAAAUAGAGCUCUAUACACACUUCAACAUAAUGCAAAAGAUUGUCCAAGUUUUGACGAUGGAGUUCGAUUUCCGACUGUGUGCAACCUAUCUCCUCGAAUCAAAUUUUAUAGCAGACCGACCCAAGUUUUUCUCUGGAGUUCUAUCAGCAACAUCGGCGAUGAUCAACCUGGAGAUUCCACACAUUAACGUACUGUCGAAGAUGGAUCUCUUCAAAACUGGAAGGACGGCUGCAGGCACGAUCGCCCAAAUCGGCCCGAAAGAACUCGAGCGUUAUUUAGACCCUGAUCCUGAUCUCUUGUUGGGUGAAGUAAACGAAAAAACCAACCCGAAGUUUCAUAGUCUCAACCAAGCCAUCAGUCAUCUGAUACAAGAUUUCAACAUGGUCUCUUUUUUACCAUUAGAUAUUACUGAUGACGAGAGUAUUGGAUCAAUUCUGAGCCACAUCGAUCAUGCCAUUCAAUAUGGUGAACACGAGGAACCCAAGGAACCACAUGACAUGGAUGGGGGUGACUUUAACGCAGCCGACGAGUAGACACAGAUCAUCCAGUUUUUCAAUACCCUUUUUUAAACAUUUUCGCUCAUAUUGAUCAGUGUAUGAACAACUUUCCCAAAGAGUGGUCGACUGGAUUUUGUUAGGAAACAGGAAUCAAGGAAUCAAAUGAAUCAAUUCUUGUGUCCUG